AACCAUGGUUGUUUAGCCCCUCACAGGGUACUCGUCUUGCUGAGCUGUUUCCAUCGGGGUCACUCAGGGCCCCCCACAGGCACAAGGAGUUCCUCUGACAGCUGUGCCUGGUAUGUUGCCAGGACUAGGAACUUAAGCCAGAAAGCCCCUGCCCGGAUGGCAGCAGUAGUUCUAGGGGAAGACACCAUGGGCCCCGAGCGUAUCUUCCCCAAUCAGACGGAGGAACUGGGACCACAUCAGGGACCUUCAGAAGGCACUGGGGAUUGGAGCAGCGAGGAGCCUGAAGAAGAGCAGGAGGAAACGGGAGCUGGCCCAGCUGGCUACUCCUACCAGCCCCUCAACCAAGAUCCUGAACAAGAAGAGGUGGAGCUGGCACCAGUAGGGGAUGGAGAAGAUGUAGUCGCUGACAUCCAGGAUCGGAUCCAGGCCCUCGGGCUUCAUUUGCCAGACCCACCAAUAGAGAGCGAGGAUGAAGAUGAGGGUGGAGCUUCGGCAUUGAGCAACCACAGCUCUAUUCCCAUGGACCCAGAACAUGUAGAGCUGGUGAAAAGGACGAUGGCUGGAGUAAGCCUGCCUGCGCCAGGGGUUCCUGCCUGGGCUCGGGACAUAUCGGAUGCCCAGUGGGAAGAUGUGGUACAGAAAGCCAUCCAAGCCCGGCAGGCAUCCCCUGCCUGGAAGUGACCACACGGAGAGCUGCCUUACCUCCCCACAUUUCAGGCCAGAACCAGCACAGGACUGAACAUGUCCAUCUCCAUGUUCACUACCUCCCUUUCCACAUCAAGGCAAAUCAGACUUCUUCUCAGAGACCCACUUUAUUCAGUUCUGUACAUAAGGGGACAUCGGCCCGAGCCCAACCCACCUUAGCAUGUGUCACUCUGUGGAGAAUAAAGCACCCUAUGUACACAGC